CCGUACAUUUGACUGUAUGGUGAUAUUUAAUUUGAUUUCGGUGUUUUGUAUUUUCUAUUUUUAAAAGAAAAUGGGGAUUUUAUUCGGAAAACCAAAAAAAAAAGUCACUCGUGUAUCAGAACAAGAUAAAGCUGUACUGCAAUUGAAACAACAGAGAGAUAAAUUGAAACAGUAUCAGAAAAGACUGCUAAAUACUCUGGAAUCAGAACGCAAACUAGCAAAACAGCUUCUUCAAGAUGGGAGAAAGGAGAAAGCAAAAUUUCUGUUGCGAAAAAAGAGAUUUAUGGAACAAAUGUUGACUAAAGCUGAUGCUCAGCUGCUUAAUUUAGAACAAAUGGCUCAUGAUAUAGAAUUUGCUCAGAUUGAAAGUCAAGUCAUUGAGGGUUUAAAAGUAGGAAAUGACUCUUUAAAAGCAUUACAUGAGAUGCUUUCAAUUGAUGAGAUUGAAAGGAUAAUGGAUGAAACUCAGGAAGGUAUAGAAAAACAAAGAGAAAUUGACGAAAUUUUGGGUGGAAAAUUGACUGAAGAAGAUGAAGAUGCUGUUAUGGAGGAAUUGGAAUCUAUAAUUGCAGAAAGUUUGCCAUCACCUGUUACUGAGCCUGAAAAACUGCCUGAAGAAAAAGCACUUGAAUUGCCUGAUGUCCCUACAGAAGAUCUUUUAGAGCCAAAAAAGAAAAUUGCAAAAUCUGAAGUGCGACAGAUGGUUGCUGCUACAUGAUUGACUGUCAUGAGUGAUCAUGAUCUGAUUAAAUAUUGUAACUUUUUCAUGAGAUAUAACUGAUUUUAAAGAAUGGAAAUUGCUGUUGAGAUUUAUGUAACAAGAAACCAAGCUGUUAUUUGAGUAACUUAAUGUAAUUUCUGCAUGUGUCAUGAUUUAGCAAAAAUGUAUAUAGUAUUAAUUUUGUAAAUACAAGUUUAUAUACUGUAUUUUUAUACAUGCUUCAGUGGUAUUAGAAACAUUUAAAAUUAUUUUCAGUUAAUAAUCACUCAUAUAAUGAAUAAAUAUUUAAAUUUAAAAAUUGUUUAUUAAACAAUUAUUUGCAAUUAAGUAUGCAAAAUAUUUUAUUGAAAAUAUAACAGAGUUAAGAAUGCUGCAUUAGUAUUACUUACUUAUGUAAGUAAUACUAAUACACUACUAUAUGUAUAAGUAAGUAUUUUAUUUGUGACAUGCUUUUUCAUUUAUAAAGAACAUAAAUUUUCAGGAAAAUCUUCACUAUUCUGUACCAGAAUUCUUUACUUUAUUAGUUAUUAAAUGGCUGUUAGUAAAUUACAGAUCUUUGAAUUAUGUUCAAGCUGAUACUGUAAAGCACUGUAGAUCAGAAUCAUAUAAAAUGGGUGUCCAUACAAAUUUAAGUUUGGUGCUAACACUCAAUCAUCCAUAAUAAACUCUCCUUUAGUGAUAGUUUUUUACAAUUUAGUAAAUUAUUAUUUAAGUCUAAAAAUAAGUAUCCUCAUUUUCUAAAAUGUAUUCUUUUAGAACUAUGUAUUAUCUGUUUCUUACUAUUAUUUGUAAAUUAUUUUAAAAAAAACUUUUUUCUUUGAAUUGCCUGUAUUCUUUAUCGACAUAUAUAUAUAUAUGUAUCAUAUUCCAUACAUGGUUCCCAUUUAAGUUUUUAUGAAUUCUUUUAACUUUCAUCUGAAGUAACCUAGAGUUUUUGAAGCAGAUUGUUCUAAAAGGAAAAUUAAUUUGCUCUGUUCACUGAGAGCAUAUGCAAUGGCUCUAACAGCAGAUUGGAGAUGAUAGAAUUUCUGUCUCAGAAAUGAAGCAAGUUAGAUGAAAUUUUUUUUUUUUUUUUUCCCAAAGCAUCCUCUAUUUAGUGUGGAAAGAUGUGCAAUUUAUAUGUAUAAUAAUGUGUAUCCAUUUUGGGAAAAAUAAGGUUAAAAAACACUUACAUUCAUGCAUAUCCGUCAUUCAAUGCUGAAGUAUACAUAGAAAAAUAAUAAUAAAAAUAAUUAAUUUAAUAAUAAUAAUUUUUUAUUUAUAAUUUUAUUUUAUAUGGUAUUGUCCUAUUUACAAUCAACUAGUGUUGCAUACAAAUUACUGCAGGUGUAUAUACUCAACAUAUUACCUAAAAUGAUAAAAAAAAAUGGUUCCAUAAAACUCGAUUCUCAUUUCUCUCUCUUUUUUUUUUUUUUUUUCCCCUUCUUCUUCUGUAAGAGCAGGUAUUUCAAGUUAUGCAUACCCAUAAUUAGCACAGAACUAAGGCUGUAUGAGAAAUCAUAGAGGGAACUAAUGUUAAUGGGACAUCAGAUGUGUCUAAAAUUAUUUUAAGUUAAAAGAAAUAUUUUCUUAGCACUAAUACCUUGGAGUUUUAACAGGUGCAUAUGAGGUAAGUAGUAAUUUUGAAAAUUUCCCAAGAUAGCUGGUAUUUAUGCCUGUUGAUACUGAUAAUUUAAAAGCUCGUAAAAUAAUAAUAGUAACACCUAUGAAAAUCAUGUAUCAAAUAAUAACAGACUUAAGGAGGAAAAGAGAUUUAAUGGUGCUAAAAAUUGUGUGGUUAAUUUGAUUAUGGCGUUUAGGCUAUUUGCCUAAAUGGAGGGAUGCCGUUGUAAAGAAAUUUUUAAGGGGAACUUGCUCAUAUCCAAAUUACACAUUGGGAAAAUAAUGAAAACGCCCAUGCAGCGAAACUGUUCACCUGAAAUCAAAGCCAGGACAAACAACAACUGUUCAGCAACUUCACUGCUGAGCUACUGAUGGACCCGGUUCUAAAAAAGAAGUGCAAUUAUUUGAAAAAUAAAGUAAUGAUAAAUACCCUACCAUCAUUAACUCCAUGUAAUUUCAUCAGCAUUCUAUCAAUUCUUUAUUCCAAAGAAUGGAAGCUGGGAAUUUCCAUGGACGUGCCAUUGGGAUGCCUUCACAAAGAUGUGCUUUGUGACCCUUAUGCAAGUCGGUCCUACUAAAACUAGAAAGUAAAAAAGCCAUUCUGCACUGUAUUAUGCCUGAAUUUAAGCACUACAUAUGUUGGUUCAUACAGGGUAUAAAAAUUCAGUGACUUAGAGAGCGAUGUCCUCAACUGGAAGUGUAUAAUCGUCAUCCUAUCAGUAAACCUUGCUCCUGCAGCCCUAGAAAACUUCAGAUGAAAAGUUAAAGGUGUGCGUUUUCAUAUAAAUUAAUAUUUCGUUAUUAAAAUUGCAUAGAUGAAAAUACAUGCUACUAACUAAGUCAAAUCCUAAAAUUUGUUUUAAUUUUAAUCUUUGAAUGUUAUAUUUUCAAGUUUCGAAUUUUGUUCGAGACGUUUCUGUUUAAUUUUGUUACAGUACUGAGUUUCAUUCUUAGUUACUUCAACAUAGGCAAGAUAAUUAAGUCAUUGCAGAACUAUAAAUUAUUUAGGUCAAAUAGUCAAAACUGUUAUGGGAAAGAAAAAUAAUAUGAGAAUAAAACAUAUAAUAUUUUCUGAGAGUCAUUGUUUUAUGUGCAUUUUGUUUACAAAAUUAAGGGCAAAAGAAAUUAGUAUUCUUCAUAUAUGGUGCUUUGCUUCAGUUGUAUUUUCUAGUUUUUAAGGUGCGUAGAAAGAAGUAGCUUUUCAAUUACAUUGUAAAGGAAAAAUUUAUGACUAUAUUUAUAUACAUAUUUCGUCUUUCAAUAAAAAAGAUAUGUAUAA